AUGGCCUCAACCACAGUUCACGAGAAGGGCUCCAAGCCCGGUAGACCAACUUUAUAUACCGAACAAACCCACACACCUGGCAUCUCGCCCAAGAAUGAGAAGAAUCCCGAAAUAAGCAUGGAGAUCCGCCGGAACUCGAGCGCGUCAUCGCCCUGUUCCAUCACCAACACCAACGGCUUCGACACCGACAUUGAGGCCAUGAUGCCGGCCCGGUCGUGCGACAACCUGAACAAGUCCACAACCAGUGGUACCCGCACCACGAAGCCUGACUGCACCGUCUGGCCUGGGCAGGCGCACUGGAAGCAGAAGACCCGCGCCGCCAAAAUCAACAACAGCAGAUCUUGCCAGUGCCUGUCUCAGCUUAGCAAGCGAACCAGGAUCAUGGUCAAGAUUGCCAUCGCGCUUUUGAUCAUUGGCAUCGCAGUCGGUGUUGGUUUCGGCAUCAGCAAACCACUCGGGGCUAGCAUAUGGAAGCCCAAUAACUGA